AUUGUAUAACUUUCACACCUCUACCCUGUCUUUCAGUCAGUAUUUAGUCAAACAAAAUAAACUACAAUUGUUGGAGCUUGAUAAGAAUUGAGUUCGUCUUGUGUGUGUGUGCCCGUCAUCAAGCACCAAACCGACGUAUUUUUUUGAGUAUGCUCGUACACAUUUCCAAAUUCCAGUAAACAUUCGAAUCCAAAUCGAAUACGUGUAAAAAACGAAAAAAUCCAUGCAGCAAUCUAAUGGAAACCUAAACUUAAACAAGGAAAACGAAUAAAUCGAAAACAAGAACAAGUAACAAAACCGAAACGAAUCAAAAACUGUUAAAUAGUGUGCAAUUAAAAAAAAAAACAAAGAAAGAACACGAACAAGCAUUGUUUUUGCAGAGAUAUAUUUAAAUUGUAAACGUCUGUUAAUAACUAGACUUCACUGUAGUCACGAUGACGCAACCACUGCCCAUCCGCUUUCAGGAGCAUUUACAGCUCACAAAUGUCGGGAUCAACGCCAACUCAUUUUCAUUUAGCACGCUUACGAUGGAAUCGGAUAAGUUUAUAUGCGUGCGGGAAAAGGUCAAUGAUACCGCCCAGGUGGUCAUCAUCGACAUGAACGAUGCCACCAAUCCCACUCGGCGUCCCAUUUCAGCGGACUCGGCCAUCAUGAAUCCAGCUAGCAAGGUUAUUGCGCUCAAAGCGCAAAAGACGUUGCAGAUCUUCAACAUUGAGAUGAAAUCGAAGAUGAAGGCGCACACCAUGAACGAGGACGUUGUAUUCUGGAAGUGGAUAUCUCUGAACACGCUGGCCCUGGUGACGGAAACCAGUGUGUUCCACUGGUCGAUGGAGGGCGAUUCGAUGCCGCAGAAGAUGUUCGACCGGCACUCCUCGCUGAACGGAUGCCAGAUCAUCAACUACCGCUGCAAUGCAUCGCAGCAGUGGCUGCUCCUGGUCGGAAUUUCGGCGCUUCCCAGCCGCGUCGCCGGCGCCAUGCAGCUGUACUCCGUGGAGCGCAAGGUGUCGCAGGCCAUCGAGGGUCAUGCGGCCAGCUUUGCCACCUUCAAAAUCGAUGCCAACAAGGAGCCGACGACCCUGUUCUGCUUUGCCGUGCGCACGGCCACCGGCGGCAAGCUGCAUAUCAUCGAAGUUGGAACGCCGCCGAACGGCAAUCAGGCCUUCCCCAAGAAGGCUGUCGAUGUGUUCUUCCCGCCGGAGGCACAGAACGAUUUCCCCGUCGCCAUGCAAGUCUCUGCGAAGUACGACACCAUCUAUUUGAUAACCAAAUAUGGAUACAUUCAUCUGUACGACAUGGAGACGGCCACGUGCAUCUACAUGAAUCGUAUAUCGGCCGAUACGAUCUUUGUGACCGCACCGCACGAGGCCAGCGGCGGCAUCAUUGGCGUCAAUCGCAAGGGGCAGGUCCUCUCGGUGACCGUCGACGAGGAGCAGAUCAUUCCCUACAUCAACACCGUUCUCCAGAAUCCCGACUUGGCCCUCCGCAUGGCUGUUCGCAACAAUUUGGCCGGUGCCGAGGAUCUGUUCGUGCGCAAGUUCAACAAGCUCUUCACCGCCGGCCAGUACACCGAGGCGGCCAAGGUUGCCGCGUUGGCGCCGAAGGCGAUUCUGCGAACGCCGCAGACGAUUCAGCGUUUCCAGCAGGUGCAAACGCCGGCGGGAACCACCACGCCGCCUCUGCUGCAGUACUUUGGCAUACUGCUCGACCAGGGAAAACUGAACAAGUUCGAGUCGCUGGAGCUGUGUAGACCCGUUCUGCUGCAGGGCAAGAAGCAGCUGUGCGAGAAGUGGCUGAAGGAGGAGAAGCUGGAGUGCAGCGAGGAGUUGGGCGAUCUCGUCAAGGCCUCCGAUCUCACGCUCGCCCUGUCCAUCUAUCUGCGCGCGAACGUGCCCAACAAGGUGAUCCAGUGCUUCGCCGAAACCGGACAGUUCCAGAAGAUCGUGCUGUACGCGAAGAAGGUGAACUACACGCCCGAUUAUGUGUUCCUGCUGCGCUCGGUGAUGCGCAGCAAUCCGGAGCAGGGCGCCGGCUUUGCCUCCAUGCUGGUGGCGGAGGAGGAACCGCUGGCGGACAUCAACCAGAUCGUGGACAUCUUCAUGGAGCACUCGAUGGUGCAGCAGUGCACGGCCUUCCUGCUGGACGCCCUCAAGCACAACCGACCCGCCGAGGGUGCCCUGCAGACGCGUCUGCUCGAAAUGAACCUGAUGUCGGCGCCCCAGGUGGCCGAUGCCAUUCUGGGCAACGCCAUGUUCACCCACUACGAUCGGGCGCACAUCGCCCAGCUGUGCGAGAAGGCGGGUCUGCUGCAGCGCGCUUUGGAGCACUACACCGAUCUGUACGACAUCAAGCGGGCCGUUGUGCACACGCACAUGCUGAACGCCGAGUGGCUGGUCAGCUUCUUUGGCACCCUGUCCGUGGAGGACUCGCUGGAGUGCCUCAAGGCCAUGCUCACGGCGAACCUGCGUCAGAAUCUGCAGAUCUGUGUGCAGAUCGCCACCAAGUACCACGAGCAGCUGACCAACAAGGCGCUCAUCGAUCUGUUCGAGGGAUUCAAGAGCUACGACGGCCUGUUCUACUUCCUGAGCAGCAUCGUCAACUUCUCGCAGGAUCCGGAGGUGCACUUCAAGUACAUCCAGGCCGCGUGCAAGACCAACCAGAUCAAGGAGGUGGAGCGCAUCUGCCGCGAGUCCAAUUGCUACAAUCCCGAGCGCGUGAAGAACUUCCUGAAGGAAGCCAAGCUGACCGAUCAGCUUCCGUUGAUAAUUGUUUGUGAUCGUUUCGACUUUGUGCACGACCUGGUGCUCUAUUUGUAUCGUAACAAUCUGCAGAAGUACAUCGAGAUCUACGUGCAGAAGGUGAAUCCAUCCCGCCUGCCGGUGGUCGUGGGCGGUCUGCUGGAUGUCGACUGCAGUGAGGACAUCAUCAAGAAUCUAAUUCUUGUGGUCAAGGGCCAGUUCUCCACGGACGAGCUGGUCGAGGAGGUGGAGAAGCGCAAUCGCCUUAAGCUGCUCCUUCCCUGGCUGGAGUCGCGCGUCCACGAGGGCUGCGUCGAGCCGGCCACCCACAAUGCGCUGGCCAAGAUCUACAUCGAUUCGAACAACAAUCCGGAGCGUUAUCUCAAGGAGAACCAGUACUACGAUAGCCGCGUGGUCGGUCGCUACUGCGAGAAGCGGGACCCCCACUUGGCCUGUGUGGCCUACGAGCGUGGCUUGUGCGACCGGGAGCUCAUCGCCGUUUGCAACGAGAACUCGCUGUUCAAGAGCGAGGCCCGCUACUUGGUUGGCCGCCGCGACGCCGAACUCUGGGCCGAGGUGCUCUCGGAGAGCAAUCCCUACAAGCGCCAGUUGAUCGAUCAGGUGGUUCAGACGGCUCUCUCCGAGACGCAGGACCCCGAUGACAUUUCGGUGACCGUCAAGGCCUUUAUGACCGCCGAUCUGCCCAACGAGCUGAUCGAACUGCUCGAGAAGAUCAUCCUGGACUCGUCCGUCUUCAGCGACCAUCGCAAUCUGCAGAACCUGCUGAUUCUCACGGCCAUCAAGGCCGAUCGCACCCGCGUGAUGGACUACAUCAACCGGCUGGACAACUACGAUGCGCCGGACAUUGCCAACAUUGCGAUCAGCAAUCAGCUGUACGAGGAGGCCUUCGCCAUCUUCAAGCGGUUCGAUGUGAACACCUCGGCCAUCCAGGUGCUCAUCGAUCAGGUGAACAAUUUGGAGCGGGCCAACGAGUUCGCCGAGCGGUGCAACGAGCCGGCCGUCUGGUCACAGCUGGCCAAGGCCCAGCUGCAGCAGGGUCUGGUCAAGGAGGCCAUCGAUUCGUACAUCAAGGCCGACGAUCCGAGUGCCUAUGUCGAUGUGGUGGACGUGGCCAGCAAGGUGGAGUCGUGGGACGAUCUCGUCCGCUAUCUGCAAAUGGCGCGCAAGAAGGCGCGCGAAUCGUACAUUGAGAGCGAGCUGAUCUAUGCCUACGCUCGCACCGGACGCCUCGCCGAUCUGGAGGAGUUCAUUUCGGGACCGAAUCACGCCGACAUCCAGAAGAUCGGCAAUCGUUGCUUCAGCGACGGCAUGUACGAUGCCGCGAAGCUGCUCUACAACAACGUCAGCAACUUUGCUCGCCUGGCCAUCACGCUGGUCUAUCUGAAGGAGUUCCAGGGCGCCGUCGACUCGGCGCGAAAGGCCAACUCGACGCGCACCUGGAAGGAGGUGUGCUUCGCCUGCGUGGACGCCGAGGAGUUCCGUUUGGCGCAGAUGUGCGGCCUGCACAUCGUGGUCCAUGCCGACGAGCUGGAGGACCUGAUCAACUACUAUCAGAAUCGGGGAUACUUCGAUGAGUUGAUCGCCCUGCUGGAGUCCGCCUUGGGGCUGGAGCGUGCGCACAUGGGCAUGUUCACCGAGCUGGCCAUACUCUACUCGAAAUUCAAACCUUCCAAGAUGCGGGAGCACCUGGAGCUGUUCUGGUCUCGCGUUAACAUUCCAAAGGUUUUGCGUGCCGCCGAAUCGGCGCACUUGUGGUCCGAGUUGGUGUUCCUGUACGACAAGUACGAGGAGUACGACAAUGCCGUGCUGGCCAUGAUGGCCCAUCCCACGGAGGCGUGGCGCGAGGGGCACUUCAAGGACAUCAUCACCAAGGUGGCCAACAUCGAGCUGUACUACAAGGCGAUCGAAUUCUAUCUGGACUACAAGCCGCUGCUGCUGAACGACAUGCUCCUCGUGCUGGCACCCCGCAUGGAUCACACGCGUGCCGUUAGCUACUUCUCCAAAACCGGCUACUUGCCGCUCGUCAAGCCCUAUCUGCGUUCGGUCCAAUCUCUCAACAACAAGGCGAUCAACGAGGCCCUCAACGGACUCCUAAUCGACGAGGAGGACUACCAGGGUCUGCGCAACUCGAUCGAUGGCUUCGACAACUUUGACAACAUUGCGCUGGCCCAGAAACUCGAAAAGCACGAACUUACCGAAUUCCGCAGGAUCGCUGCGUACUUGUACAAGGGUAAUAACCGCUGGAAACAAAGCGUUGAGCUCUGCAAAAAGGACAAACUCUACAAGGAUGCUAUGGAGUACGCCGCCGAAUCUUGCAAGCAGGACAUCGCUGAGGAGCUGUUGGGUUGGUUCCUGGAACGCGAUGCUUACGAUUGCUUUGCAGCAUGCCUUUAUCAGUGCUACGACUUGCUGCGCCCUGAUGUUAUUUUGGAGCUGGCCUGGAAACAUAAAAUCGUUGACUUUGCCAUGCCCUAUUUAAUCCAAGUAUUGCGGGAAUACACAAUAAAAGUUGACAAGUUGGAACUGAACGAAGCUCAGCGCGAAAAGGAGGACGAUUCUACCGAGCAUAAAAAUAUUAUUCAAAUGGAGCCCCAGCUGAUGAUCACCGCUGGUCCGGCAAUGGGUAUUCCUCCCCAAUAUGCACAGAAUUAUCCACCUGGCGCCGCAACGGUGACGUCAGCAGCAGGACGUAAUAUGGGUUAUCCCUACUUGUAGGAAUCGUUUCCGUUAAAACCAUCAAAACAACUUUAAAAAAAAAAAACAAAAAACAAACAAAUGUAUCAGCAUUAAAGGAAUACCAAUAAAAUAAGAAAAAUAAUCUAUUAAUUGCAUGUGCGCCAAAAAUUACCAAAACAAGAAACUCCAAACAUCAUUAAAUUAAAGCAAUGCAAUUAACAAUCCAAUUUUUGGUUUGUUCUCGUAGACAGUAAAAUGAAUAUAUAUGUUUUGAUAAUUACAGCACUCUUUAUUCAAAUAUAACAGAAUAUAUUACUUUUUAUCAUAA